GUGGAAGAGCGCAACCUUCUGUCUGUGGCCUACAAGAACACAGUGGGAUCUCGCCGUGCUGCUUGGCGCAUCAUUUCCAGUGUGGAACAGAAGGAGAAAUCUAAGGGCAAUGACACCCAGGCAGGCUAUGCCCAUGAUUACCGUGUCAAGGUUGAAAAUGAGCUGCAGAAGAUUUGCGACACCAUCCUGAAGCUCUUGGACAAAGGCCUGAUCCCGCAGGCCACGCAGGCAGAAUCCAAAGUCUUCUAUCAAAAGAUGAAGGCUGAUUACUAUCGCUACAUCGCUGAGUUCCGCAGCGGUGACGAGAAGAGCAAAGCCGCAGAGGAAGCACGGAAGGCCUAUGCAGAGGCAGCGGAGGUGGCAAAGAAGGAUUUGUUGGUUACUCACCCAAUUCGCCUUGGCUUGGCCUUGAACUACUCAGUCUUCAUGUAUGAGGUGCUGAAUGACCCGGACGAAGCAUGCAAAAUGGCUCGCACAGCUUUUGAGGAUGCAAUUGCCGAACUUGACAACGUAGCGGAGGACUCCUACAAAGACUCCACGUUGAUCAUGCAGCUCUUGCGAGACAACCUGACGCUGUGGACUUCUGACCAGGAAGCUGGCAAUUGAGAUGCGUGACAGAUUCUGUACCACCUGCAGGUUAGUGAAAACGACGCACAGACACCAGCCUGUUUCAACUCUCGUGAAUAGCUGACCUGCAAAUGACAUUGAAUGCAAGGACAAAUGGCAACGCGCUGAAUCUUGCCCUGAUUUCUUGCUAGGGGAAGGAACCUUUGGAAGUGGAGUCCCCUUUUUGUGCAUGCCAACCUCAUUGGUGAGCUGUAAACUCGAGUGUCAUUUUAAGGCCAUUAUUUUCCACCAGCCUGCAGAGAGUGACUCGUGUUUUGGUUCAAGCUUGCAGAUAAAUCUGUACACGCGCGACUUGUGCCUGUGAGCUCUUCAAAGCUUUGGAAAGGCAUGCCUCGUGACAAGGACGUCUAUUUUGCCAAGCUCGCUGAGCAGGCUGAACGCUAUGA